GGUGAUAAUGUGUGGUCUUUUUUAUGUGUAUUUUAUAGUGAUAAAGUAUGAAUGUUAAUAAGAAAAAAAAAUAAGUAUUGAAAAUUACAAAAAGUAUCAACAUGGGUACAAAUUUUAACUGUGUUAAUUAAAAAUGAAAAAGGUAACAUACAUAUUUUGUAUAAGGUUAAGAUUGGUUUAAAUAAAACUAUCAAAUCAAAUUAGAAAAUAUAAUUUGACCAGAUUAAAUGAAAAUAAGGUGAAGACGGCGGUUUGGUCCAUAAAUCAAUUAAGGGUCAUCAUUACACUAGUCAACUUUGAUAAGGGAGCUAGUCUUCCCGUCAAAAAAAAUAAAAAAAAAGAGAGCUAGUCUUGGCUCCUUACUUCUCCACUGCUAUGCUAUUAGACGGUGGAGUGUACUACUACACAAGAAAAUCAGCACAUCUUUUCUUCCAACACUCUUCGUGACUUGUCAUAUCAUACCAAAUCCUGCUUGCAGUAAACAACUCAUGAUCAUUUUAUGCAUUUUAAGUCUCUUCUCCAAAUUACUUCAAUAAUAAACACAAACCCUUAAUUCUACAUAUGAACAACAACCAUGCAAACAACUAUAACGGGCCAAAAACAUAGUAACCCAGUUGAUCACACCACCGCCACUGCCUCCGGCGUUGCAUCUGCCUCCGCCACCGCCACUACCACCGCCAUAGCAAGAGAUCACAUAAAAGUAUUGCGGAAGAAAAAAUUCUCAAUUGGUUCCAAAAGGCCAAAUCCUCUUACUCAAGACUUACAUCAUGCUGUUACAGUGUUACUUGCCUCUCUGCUGAACUUUACACUAAAGACCUUGAUUUUCUCAUGGAGCUUAUCCAGGUUUUUUCUACUUACUUUUUUUUUUUCACAUAAACAUUCAUGCUUUGUGUCUUUUGUUGCAUGCACUUUAAUCUUCCAUAAUGAUUUUAAUAAUGCAGAGGAUAAUCAGUAUGAAGACAGUGUUGAACCAACCCUUGAUUUUGCGUUGACAACCCAAGAUAUCACUGGUAGUGGAGCUCAAGAGACCCUUUUAAUUUUCAACAAUGAAGUCAGUUUUUCGAAGCAAAACAUGGAAUCUAUAUGUAGUGUGGGUCAAUCCACGAAGAAAGGCAAAAGAAGUAAAGGCUUCAUUGGUGAAAAAGGUAUUGGAUUUAAAAGUGUUUUCUUAGUAAGUAAAUUGCCUCAUAUCAUUAGCAAUGGUUACAAGGUAAAAUUUUCUGAAGAGCCAGACAAGGAGUGUGGCAUUGGGUACAUAGUGCCUCAAUGGAUUUCUGAUGAAUAUAUUGUUUCCAAAAUACAAACUGUGUAUGGGUCAGAGCUCUUGCCAACGACGACAAUUAUCCUGCCAUUGAAGCCUGACAAGGUGAAUCCAGUAAAAAAGGAAUUGUCAUCUCUUCACCCUGAGCUACUUUUGAUUUUGUCGAAAUUGAGAAGGUUGUAUGUCCAUGAGAACUGCAGUGAUCAGAAGACUGACAGUGUGACCGCAAUAUCAAUAGUCAGUGAAACCAAUUAUGAGGUUUCAAUUAUAAAGAUGCAGACUCAAGAGUUAUUCAUCUCUCAGAAGCUGAGAAGGGGGACUUCUUUGGUCGGUGUCUUUGCAUUUCUCCCGACUUCUAUGGUGAUAAAUUUCCCCUUUGUUGUUCAAGCUGAUUUCAUCCUUGCUUCCUCUAGGGAAUCUAUUGUUUUUGACAAUAGAUGGAAUCAGGGAAUUCUUGAAUGCGUGCCUGUGGCAUCUGUCAGUGCUUUUGUGUCUUGUGUCAAACAAGGCUCACCUUUGUUUGGUGUCGCAGAGGCCUUUAAGCUCUUGCCAUCUCAUGCUUCAUCAUUUCAAGAAUUUAAUAAAGUCAGAGAAACAAUCAGAAUGAACCUUUGUGAUGCUUUAAUUGUUCCCUGUGAAACGUUCAAUAAUCAGAAAACUUUUUGCAAGCCUAGUUCAGCAGCUACCAUUGACCCUAGUUUUCAGGAGAUUUUGAACAAGAUGAACAAAUCAGGGGUCUCUUUAUCUGGCCUUUCUUCCAUGAAAAUGCGUCUAGUGCAUUCUUCUCUUGAUCAAGAUAAGUAUAAGCCAAGUCUUGACUUUCUUGGUAUCUAUCCUCAAGUUACAUGGCAUGAAAACUGCUUUACUGCUUGCAAUCUUGUGCCUCGAGCUUCUGAUGACAUGUACAUUGAUAUCUUGUAUUUUAUUAGCCAGUACAUAAGUGGCUCUAUAGCGAGCUUCCCUAUAUUGAAGAUGAUCAAUGAGAAGGGUGAGAUUGAUUGGUGUAGUAUUGUUUCCAAAAGGAAUGUGAAAACUAAGAUUCAAUACUGCGUACUGGAGGAACUUCACGUCUGGCUGCAAAAGUGCAAUAUUCAGUUUGGCUGCCCAGUUUUCUUCUUACCUAAUUCCACCCAGGUUGCUCUGACUAGGCACCCUAAAGGUAAAAAAGUUUCCAAUUGGCUGUUCUAUUCUGCUGGGGUGAAAACUUGCUCAGCAUUUGAAUAUUGCUCCAUGCUUUGUGAUUACAUAUCUCAUAAAGGGGAGUCAAAUGGCGUGCUUAUGUUGGCUCACUUUCUGUUUCACAGUAAGCAGAAGAAGUUCUUGACAGACACUGAUAUUUCUUCAAUUGCACGGUCGCUACCUGUCAUAGAUGGCUCUGGCUGUGUACGGGCCCAAAGAACUGAGAUGCUUGUGACUUCAUCAGGAAGUAAAUGGGCUCAGCUAUCUGGACCAAUGAAUCCAUUCAGACGAGAAAACUAUAUUGAUUUAUCAGAAACUUAUGCUGCAAACGGUGUGUUUGCUGCUGAGAAUACACCUGAUAAAAUGCUUCUCAGAUUUCUGACACUCAAUGCUGCAGCCCGAGACCCGCCUGAGAUAUCUCUUCCGAAUUUGCCUCUUCCAGCAGCAUCUUCGUUAAUGACUAGGGAGCAGGCUUUCUUGCUGUUGGGCUGGAUUAGAUUUCACCGAACCAGAGUUGAAAAAUGGCCAGUAAAGUUUAUCGAAAGCAUUCGUUCUGGCAAGUGGAUGAAGACAAAAACUGGAGUCGACUGUCCAAGUAGUUGCACAAUUCCAACUGAAAGCGGAAAGGCAGUACUAGAAUUAAUGAAAGACGUUCUAAGUGGUUUCUCCAUCGUGGAAGAAAAUUUUUAUGGUGAUCAGAUCAGGUUAUAUAUAGAUGAAUUGACGUUUCUUGGUGUUCAAUGUGGGAUAAAUGGUGUGCAGAAGAUUAUCAUGGAUCGUUUCAAGGUUUUGUCUUCUACUACCAUGAAAAGAGAGGAAGCAUUCUCACUUCUUUUAUUCAUUGGCUUCUUGAAGGAAAGGAAAAUGCUAGAUGAGCAAUGGAUAAACACUAUGACUCUAUGA